CACGGUACUACAGUAAGCAUUUAUGGAUUUCAUGAAUUAUCUCUGGACAAAUGGAACAUACCUUUAAUGUCUUUUCUAGUUGCAAACACUGCAAUAGUCAAUCUGCAGGUUUCAUUUUCUAUCAGAGACAAUCAAGAAAAUAAAGUUAUUAUGGCAAUAACUAAACCACAUAGACCAAUAGAAAUUUUAAAAUUGUUAUACAACAGGGAAAUAUCAGUUGAUAAUUUGCAUUACAUAGAAAGUAUAAAAGAUUCUGAUACCAAAUUCUCUGCAUACAUUGGGUCGACUAAUAUUAAAUUAACCGCGAGGCAAUAUAUUUUUUUAAACAAUAGACCCGUUCAUUGUCCUUUUAUUUUGCAAAUGAUCUCGACUAUCGUAAUCACUACGAUAAAAUGCUACGCGACAGCACGAUAUCGGCAAAUACCAAAGAAAGAGGCAAUUUUUAUUUUACUAUUUAUUACGUGCAAAGAAUAUUUUUUUACGAUUGAAAAAGGAACGAAAACUUUAAUCUUACCUAGAGUUCAAGAUUUACUGCAAAAUAUUCGAAAUGAAAUAGCGAACAUCUUUGCUAAGAAUACAAUGCCUCUUUUUAACAAUGUUUCGAAUCAUGUUAGAGGACAUAACAAUUCGAUGUACAGCUAUGCAAGUGCUUCGUUUCCUCAAAAACUAUUCGCGUCCAAACAAAACCGUGUUCUGCACACAUUGUGUCAUGUUGUCCAAAAGAAAGUGACAGAAUUAAAAGUUCCACUGAUUCACGAAAAUCUAAUCGAAAAACAGAACCGAUCUACAGUUGACUGUUUCGAUCCAUUGAAAGUUCGUAACGUCAAUUCGCAAGAAAGAUAUGUGAAUAAUAAAUCACGAUGCGAAAUAGAUACGAAUCAAUUGAAUACAAACGAAAUAACAGACGCUGUUCAGUUGUUUACCCCUGUUUCGCGAAACAACAAUGUAAUGAAAGAAAGUAUUACUUUGACAAUUUCCGAGUGGUCCAACUGGACCUAUCAUGAUAAUGAGUCGUACAAUUCGAAAAAAAUAAAUAAACUUAAUGACAAUUCUCGUGUGACGAACUUUUAUAAACAUUUCGACUUUUUGCCAAAAAAGUUGCAUAAACUUUUACGUGGCAAUACGAAGCUGACGAAAAUUGAUAUUUUAAAUGAAUCCUGUGGAAGUGUAUUGUCAACCAAAUUGAAGUUUGGAUUGCCAAGUGAGUAAUUGUGCUACAUAAAUAUGUUUGAUUCGAUUACCAAAGACAUGUUAGUUAAUAAAUCGAAUUUCCUUCAGUAUCGGACACGUUGUUCCACCAAGAAAUGGACGUACGUCUUUGCAAAGUCGUUCAACGGUUCCGUGAAUUCAGAUUGAAGAAGGAUCUUCUGAAAUUUGUAAAAAUACUGGGUCAGGUGAACAACGAAUUGAUAGUAGGAUUGGUAAUUAAAAAUGAUGCAAAGGUACUUUUGCUAAUGGAUCAACAUGCUAUUCAUGAGAGAAUACGAUACGAAAAUUUAAUUCACAAAUACAAAUCAGAGAUGAGAAAUCAGUUGUUUCCCAUUAAACUAAGAGAUCCUGUAAUUAUACAAUUACCUGUUGACAAAUGCAAUUUAUUACUGUCAAAUACAAUGCAACUAAAAAAAUUUGGAAUAAGUCUGAGUAUUACAAAUGAUAAUAGUGUAAUUGUGCACACAGUGCCAGAAUGUUUAAAAAGGAACAAAUAUUAUUACAAUGAGAUAAAGUUAAAGCUUAGCGUGGAAAGUCUUUUAAACGAAGUGCUACAAAACUUUACAAAGAACAAAGAUAGUCAGAUCAAUGAUGUUCCUCUUGUGAUUCACAAUGCAAUUGCAAUGGAGGCUUGUCAUGGAGCUAUAAAGUUUGGAGAUCCGCUGACACUGCAACAAUGCAAGCAGCUCUUAAAAUUACUAAACAAAACGAAAAUUCCUACUCGGUGCGCUCAUGGGCGGCCGUCUAUAAUACCUAUACUGGAGCUCUCGAAAUUGGAAGGACUACAGAAAAAAGCCAGCCUGGUAUGUUAUUACAAUACAUAG